UCUUAUUGUUAUUUUCAAUAUCGGGGUGUUUUAGUAAUUUACUUGCGCAUUAGGGCUAGGGUUUUGGGCGUCGAUAUAAAAUCCGAGAGAUGCAUUGUUGUAAGACCUUCUAUAGCAGUUGUAAUCCUCUUCAUCGGGUGAUUUGAGCUAAGUGGUUUUUUGGGUAGCGAAUCAAUCAUUCAAGAUGCAGAACGAAGAGGGUCAGAAUAUGGAUCUGUACAUCCCCAGGAAAUGCUCUGCCACAAACAGGCUCAUCACCUCCAAGGAUCAUGCUUCUGUCCAGAUUAACAUUGGGCAUUUGGAUGCCAAUGGCCACUACACUGGUCAAUUUACCACUUUUGCUCUCUGUGGUUUCGUCCGAGCUCAGGGUGAUGCUGACAGUGCCUUGGACAGGCUUUGGCAAAAGAAGAAGGUUGAACUCCGCCAACAAUAAUUGCAGUUGGAGCAUGUUCUGUUUUGUUUUAAACGUUGUUGCUCCAUGAAGAGUGACUGCAGUUACCUAGCUAUUCCAUUGCACUUUUGUGUUUGUUUGUAGUUAUUUGUUAUCAUGGAUGAGUUAAUAUCUAGUACUUAGUUUGAGUUUGAUUUUAUGUUAAACUUGUUUUUGGCAUGGUUUUCUGUAAUAUCAUCCUGCAUUUUAAGUUUUGAA